AUGAACACAUGCAAUAAAAUUAUAUCUAUCAGCACUGAACUGGAUGAAGCAUUUGCUGAUUUUAAGAAAGCACUGAUGACACAAGCUUCAGAAUUUCAAGAGAAAGAUUCAAAUUGGGUAUUACAGGAAAUAAUGUUUUUAAAUGUUAACAUUAACAAAUUUGGUAGUAUUUCUGCAUCAACGUAUAUUCGUCUCCCAAUACCUUUAGCAAGAAAACACGCUAUUUUAAAUAUAGAAAACAAAGAUAAUAAGUGUUUUUCGUGGAGUGUUAUUGCAGCUGUUUUUCCUGCCGCUGGUAACCCAACCAAACCAGAAUCGUAUCCACCAUACGAUACUUUGUUGAAUUUUGAAGGUAUUGAUUUUCCGAUGAAACUAAAAGACAUUAAAAAGUUUGAGACUCUUAAUAAUAUUUCAGUAAAUGUUUAUAUGGGCUAG